GAGGGAAAAAUCAGUGGCCAAAAAGAUCAGAUCCAACUUUUUCUUCAUCCAUUCAUUCAUCUCCCUACAGCCCAACUUUUUCCUCCACUUUUUCAUUAUUUGGAUUCUUUAUUAUAUUCCCUCACUCACACUGUCUCUGAAUCUUAUUCUUCUUCUUCUUCCCAAAUCCUUGCUCGCUCGCUCGCUCAUGGAAAAUAACUGGGUAUGUGUGGAUUGAGGAGUGAUUAUUGGAGUGGAAAGUAAAAUUGGUGCUUAGAAGUGGAGUAAGGAUGGGGUUUAAGCCAUUGCUUUGGUAUUGUAAGCCUGUGGAGAAUGGUGUGUGGGCGAAAGUUGUCACAAAUGCAUUUGGUGCUUAUACGCCAUGUGGAAUGGAUACUUUGGUGAUUUCGUUUACACAGUUAGUGCUUAUAUGUUUAUGUGUUUAUCGAAUAUGGAAAACGGUGAAGGAUGUUACAGUCAAGAGGUUUCAGUUGAGAUCGAAUUACUUCAAUUACUUUUUGGGGGUUUUAGCUGCUUAUUGUGUUGGGGAGCCGGUGUUUCGAUUGGUUACAGGAAUGUCAGUUUUCAAUGUUGAUGGACAGUCUGGGCUUGCUCCAUAUGAGAUGUUUUCUCUUGCCAUUGAGGCUCUUGCAUGGUGCUCAAUGCUGGUUAUGCUUGUUCUAGAAACUAAAAUCUACAUCCGCGAAUUCCGUUGGUAUGUCCGUUUUGGAAUGAUAUAUGUGCUUGUAGCGGAUGCUGUUAUGCUUAAUCUCGUGCUCUCUGUAAAAGAAUACCUCAAUCUAUCUAUAUUGUAUAUCUACACCAGUCAAGUUGUUUGCCAGAUCUUGUUUGGAGUUCUAUCAAUUUUUUACAUUCCUGAUGUUGAUCCAUAUCCGGGGUACACUCCAAUAAGGGAAGAGUUUGUUGAUAACACAGAGUAUGAAUCUCUUCCUGACGGAGAGCAGAUUUGUCCAGAGAGGCAUGUCAACGUAAUCUCCAAGAUACUGUUCUCAUGGAUGACACCCCUCAUGCAGAAAGGUUAUAGCAGACCCAUAACUGAGAAGGAUGUGUGGAAAUUAGAUACAUGGGACGAGACUGAGACACUGAAUGCCAAAUUCCAGAGCUGCUGGCUUAAAGAAUCUCAAAAACCCAGGCCAUGGUUGUUGAGAGCUCUAAAUAGUAGUGUUGGAGGAAGGUUUUGGCUGGGAGGUUUCUUUAAGAUUGGAAAUGAUCUUUCUCAAUUCGUGGGGCCCGUCAUACUGAGUCUCCUCUUACAGUCUAUGCAAAAAGGGGAGCCAGCUAGGAUUGGUUACAUCUACGCCUUCUCAAUUUUUCUCGGAGUGGCCCUAGGGGUGCUUUCUGAAGCUCAAUAUUUCCAGAAUGUAAUGCGUGUGGGUUAUCGCCUAAGAGCAACCUUGGUUGCUGCCGUGUUUCGCAAGUCACUAAGAUUAACACAUGAAGGGCGAAGGAAGUUCCCUUCUGGAAAAAUAACCAACUUGAUGACAACAGAUGCUGAAGCUCUUCAGCAAAUAUGUCAACAGCUACAUAGUUUAUGGUCCGCGCCAUUUCGCAUCGUCAUCUCCAUUGUUCUUCUGUACAGUGAGCUUGGUGUUGCUUCGCUGUUAGGUUCCUUCAUGCUAGUCUUGUUGUUUCCUCUACAGACCUUUGUAAUAAGCAAAAUGCAGAAGUUGUCCAAGGAGGGUCUCCAACGCACUGACAAGAGGAUUGGUUUUAUGAGUGAAAUUUUGGCUGCAAUGGAUACUGUCAAAUGCUAUGCAUGGGAGGGGAGCUUCCAAUCUAAAAUUCAAAGCGUCCGUGAUGAUGAGCUCUCUUGGUUCCGGAAAGCUCAACUACUAUCAGCGUGUAAUGUGUUCAUCUUGAACAGCAUCCCGGUUGUGGUUACGGUGAUUUCAUUUGGGAUGUUCACUUUGCUUGGUGGGGAUUUAACACCUGCGAGGGCAUUUACAUCACUUUCGCUGUUCGCAGUGUUAAGAUUCCCUUUAUUCAUGCUCCCUAAUUUGAUUACUCAGGUUGUAAAUGCAAAUGUUUCGCUGAAACGUCUUGAGGAAUUAUUUUUAGCUGAAGAGAGACUUCUUUUGCCCAACCCACCACUUGAGCCAAGUCUUCCAGCUAUAUCGAUCAAGAAUGGCAACUUUUCUUGGGAUUCAAAGGCAGAGAAGCCCACAUUAUCAAAUAUCAAUUUAGAGAUACCUGUUGGUUGCCUGGUGGCUGUUGUUGGCAGUACCGGUGAAGGGAAAACGUCACUGAUAUCGGCUAUGCUUGGGGAACUACCUCCAGCUGCUGAUGUAGAUGCCGAGGUUGUUGUUCGAGGAACCGUUGCUUAUGUUCCACAGGUUUCGUGGAUCUACAAUGCAACAGUACGAGACAACAUAUUAUUUGGCUCUCCGUUCAUAUCUGCACGCUAUGCGAAAGCAAUAAGUGUGGCUGCAUUGCAACACGACCUCGAAGUACUUCCUGGUGGUGACCUCACAGAGAUUGGAGAAAGAGGUGUGAAUAUUAGUGGUGGGCAAAAGCAAAGAGUUUCCAUGGCUAGGGCAGUCUACUCUAAUUCUGAUGUUUACAUAUUUGAUGACCCUUUAAGUGCUCUAGAUGCUCAUGUUGGUCGUCAGGUUUUUGAUAAAUGUAUCAAAGAAGAAUUGCAAGGCAGAACCAGGGUGCUUGUCACAAAUCAACUUCAUUUUCUACCCCAGGUGGACAGAAUUCUACUAGUUCACGAUGGUAUGGUGAAAGAGGAAGGAACAUUUGAGGAACUGUCAAAUAAUGGGGUAUUGUUUCGAAGCCUAAUGGAAAAUGCCGGCAAGAUGGAGGAGCAUGUAGAAGAAAAGAAAGACCCUGAGAAACUUGAGGAAAAGGGUCCUCCAACCAAUGGUGAGGUGAAUGGGGUGCUAAAAAGUGAUAGUCAAACAACUAAAGGGGAAAAAGGCAAGACCGUUCUUGUCAAGCAGGAGGAACGAGAAACAGGUGUUGUCAGCUGGAAUGUUUUGAUGAGGUAUAAGAAUGCGAUGGGAGGCUUAUGGGUUGUUAUUAUACUCUUUACCUGCUAUAUAUCAACUGAAGUUCUCCGAAUUAUGAGUAGCACGUGGUUAAGUGCAUGGACUGACCAGAGUACGCCCAAAACCCAUGGUCCAGGUUUCUACAAUCUGGUGUAUGCUUUGCUGUCUUUUGGUCAGGUCUUAAUCAGCUUGUUACAAUCUUAUUGGUUGAUCAUAUCAAGUCUUUACGCUGCCAAAAAGCUGCAUGAUGCAAUGCUACAUUCUAUACUACGAGCUCCAAUGUUAUUUUUUCACAGUAAUCCAAUUGGGCGAGUAAUCAAUAGAUUCGCGAAGGAUCUGGGUGACAUAGAUCGCAAUGUUGCUGUGUAUGUGAAUAUGUUUUUUGGCCAAACAUUUCAGCUCAUUUCUACGUUUGUGCUGAUAGGCAUCGUGAGCACCAUAUCCUUGUGGGCCAUAAUGCCACUCCUGAUCGUGUUUUAUUCAGCUUAUCUAUAUUAUCAGAGCACAGCACGUGAAGUAAAACGGUUAGAUUCAAUAUCAAGAUCUCCUGUUUAUGCACAAUUUGGAGAAGCGUUAAAUGGUCUAUCAACCAUUCGUGCAUACCAAGCCUAUGAUCGGAUGUCUAAUAUUAAUGGGAAAUCAAUGGACAAUAAUAUCAGAUACACCCUUGUGAACAUCAGCGCUAACCGCUGGCUUGCUAUCCGUUUGGAAACCCUAGGAGGCAUUAUGAUUUGGCUAACAGCAACUUUUGCCGUCAUGCAAAAUGAGCGGGCGGUGGACCAAGUGGCAUUUGCAUCUUCAAUGGGUCUGCUUCUUAGUUACGCCUUAAAUAUAACAAACCUGUUAACAGGUGUUCUUAGAUUAGGAAGUCUGGCUGAGAACAGUCUAAAUGCUGUCGAAAGGAUAGGCACAUAUGUAGAUUUACCUUCAGAGGCUCCGGCUGUUAUUGAGAAUAACCGACCCCCUCCAGGAUGGCCUUCAUCAGGAUCGAUCAAGUUUGAAGAUGUUGUCUUAAGGUACAGGCCUGAACUUCCUCCCGUCCUGCAUGGCUUGUCUUUCACAAUCUCUCCUAGCGAGAAGGUUGGAAUAGUUGGAAGAACUGGUGCUGGGAAAUCUAGUAUGCUCAACGCUUUAUUUCGAAUAGUAGAACUGGAAAGGGGAAGAAUCUUGAUUGAUGAUUAUGAUGUUGCAAAGUUUGGUCUGACAGAUUUACGUAAAGUACUCGGAAUUAUCCCACAGUCACCAGUUCUCUUUUCAGGAACUGUCCGGUUUAAUCUUGAUCCUUUUACUGAGCACAACGAUGCUGACCUUUGGGAAGCUUUAGAGAGAGCACAUCUGAAGGAUGUCAUCAGAAGAAACUCUUUGGGUCUUGAUGCUGAGGUUACAGAAUCGGGAGAGAAUUUCAGUGUAGGACAAAGGCAACUUCUAAGUCUUGCUCGUGCCCUUUUACGGAGAUCAAAAAUACUUGUUCUUGAUGAAGCAACAGCAGCUGUAGAUGUUAGAACUGAUGCUCUUAUCCAGAAAACUAUUAGAGAAGAAUUUAAAUCAUGUACUAUGCUCAUUAUUGCUCACCGACUUAAUACCAUAAUCGACUGCGAUCGUGUUCUCCUCCUUGAUGCUGGCCAGGUUUCAGAGUUUGAUACCCCGGAGGAACUUCUGUCAAAUGAAGGGAGCUCUUUCUCUAAGAUGGUCCAAAGUACAGGUGCUGCAAAUGCGGAAUACUUACGUAGCUUGGUCACUGGUAGUAGAAUAGGAAAAGAAGAGUCCAGACGGCAAGAUGGGCAUAGAAGAUGGUUGGCUUCUUCACGUUGGACUGCUGCUGCCCAGUUUGCUCUUGGAGUUAGCCUCAGUUCUUCACACAAUGAUCUGCAAAACUUGGAAAUCGAAGACGAUAACAAUAUCCUCAAGAGAACGAAGGAUGCUGUCGUCACUCUGCAAGGAGUUUUGGAAGGAAAGCAUGAUAAAGCUAUUGAAGAGACGCUAGACCAAUACCAGGUUCCUAGAGAUAGAUGGUGGUCAGCUCUUUAUAAAAUGGUUGAAGGUCUUUCGACGAUGAGCAAGUUGGGCCGUAACAAGCUUCAACAUUCCGAGUUUGAAGACAGACAGAUUAAUUGGGACCAUGUUGAGAUGUAAUUAGUAAGGUACUGAUUUUUUUUUUUCGAGAUCUGAAGGUUCAAAUCAAUGGCUUUAUCGUUCAGUCCCCAAAUGGAGCAUAGUUGACUAUUCAUUGAGAUGAGAAGAACAUACAAUGUUUCAUCAUGGAAAUGAAGAUCUAAACUCUUAACCAAAUCUGAAAUUUUUUCUGGUUCAAAUUAUGGUGAGGUGAAAAUUUGCUUGUAAUUAAAUUUUGUAGGCUGAAACGUACAAAACAGUACAAGGUAUAAGUGUGAAACUUGUACUUGUGUUUAUACAGCAAUGAAUUAAAUGUGCAUCCAGAAAACCCAGACUCAUAUUUUGGUCACCA